AUGGCUUCCUCUUCCUCUGUCUCUUCCAACUCCCCUUCGUCUUCUUUCAUCAUCUCCAUCACUUCUCCUGACUCUAAAACCAUCUCCAUUACUUCUCCUGACUCUGAAACCUCCAAGGAGGCAACACCGGAGUUUGAUCCAAUAGCUUCAUACGAAGAUCUCGCUCCUCUGCAUUGGGACGCAGAGGAGUGGGACUUUAGCACUUUGUCAGAGGACGACGAGUCCCUGACCGACGGUGAAGACCUCCAGAUCCUUCUUUACGGGGCUCUGGACGAAGAUGACGACGACUCCUGGGAUGGCGACUUCUUUUCUUCUUCGGAAGAAGAUACCCAGAUUACUUCUUCAGAUGAUGAUUCGGCAACAGGAGAAUACCUUCAUGGCGGAUCGUCAUCUUCAGAGGACGAUGAGGAUUCCAGGGAUGAUGCCAGUCGUAGCAGCGAUGAUGGCGAUGACAGUAGCAGCACUGGCGGCGGCGAUGGCAACAGCGACGACGACACAGCGUGCCUCCCCCGUACGAGCGCCGCAAGACCCUAG